AUGGCUCUGCCCGCCUUCCUCGACAUCGACUGGAAGGGCCUUGCCCUUCCGUUCGCCUACGUGAUUGUCCUCGCCGGUGCCCUCAUGACCUUCUCGACCAUCUACCGAAAACGCAAAGCUGCCGAAAGCGCAAGCCUCGCGCCGUGGUUCGGCCCUCAUCUCCAGCGCAAUGUCUACCUGUCGCUGCUACACAUGCAGCCCGAAGAGGGCGGCGAAAAGACGCCUCGCAUCCCCGAUAGCGUCCUUCGCGCCGCGCUCCUCCGCCGCGCCGUCGAGGACAUCCGCCGUCUCAUCCAGAUCAAAAACGCCAAGCAGGCCUGCAGCUCGCUGCUGCAGAGGGGCAGUGUGGGCGAUGACCUGUGGCAACGCUUCCAGCGCGCCGAGAAGGAGAUGGAGGCGGAACUGAGGGAUGUUGUUCAAGAGGCCAAUGCCCUCGCCCCCAACUGGGGACAGUCAAUUUUCCAGUCCGCCCACGAGAUGGCCGCCAACGUCGCCAUCCGCACCCAGAUUGACGACCUCCUCUCCCAGACCGAAUCCGAGAAGAAGUGGUGGGAGAAGCGACGUAGCCAGAUCCAGAGCGACUUCAUGAAGGAGAUCGAUAGCCCCGAGCAAAGCCCGUCCAAGGCCGCCAGUGAGGAUGACGCCGUACUGGUCGACACCCCCAGCAAGAGCAAGAAGAAGGGCGGCAAGAAAUAG